UCACAAUUUAUUCAUCUCUCUGUCUCUGUUUUCAAUUUCUUAAGUUUCAGCAUCAUCCAAAUUUCCUCAAAAUGCCACGGUCGUUGAUCAAACAUCAUCGCUUUGUUAAUUCAAGUAGCCCUGAUGAUGAUCCAUUUUCCAAUUUUAUUCUACAUGCUAGGAGAAAGUUAAGGCGUGUGGAAACUCUCUCUUGGACAUCAGAGUAUACGGCGUUCAACAUACAUCGUUAUCCAGGAUUUGCAUCACUACGAUUGGCAUCAAGAGAACUUGGAGAUGCAAAAGAAGCUACAAUUCCUAUUGAAUUUUCUGAAAUAAACAAAUUACAUUUUAAGGAAUUACCUAAUCUAAGGGGCUUCUCAUGUGGAGAUAUGGUUGAAUGGCCAAUUUUGAAGCAUGUGAUUCUGAACAACUCUCCUAACUUGAAGAAAUUUGGGUUGGGAACAAUAAAAGAAUCGCAAUUAAAGAGAUUUAUCUUAGAAGGCCAAGAACAAAUUGACAUUGAUACCAAGAUUCUCCAUCUUUUUGAAUUAUCGGUUAGUUCUCCCUCAAAAUACUAA